UAUGCUGCUAUGCUGGUUUCGGGGCGCCGCGUCUGUCAGACUCUGUACGCUUUCUGUCGCUGAGACAAGCGGACGGAUGUUCGGCCUGCCAGCAGCACCAACUCACGCUGCUUUCGGAAGGAGCUGCUUUCUCCCGCGCGUCACCAUCAUCCAGGAGUAAACCAUAACAAUGAAUGGCGUGUAAACAACCAAGCAUGGCUCAAAGGAAGAGGCCAGGAAACCACAGUGUGGCUCCACCAGUCACCACCUCCUGUCCAACAGCUCACCAUACGGAGUCAUGUGAUGUGAAAGCCAUCCAUCCUAGACCGCGGCCAGUCCGCUACCCCAAAGAAUCACAUGUGCCAAAGCCCCUCCCCCGGACCUGUAAGGCACAUUACUCCUCUCAGAAGCAUGAAGAUGUAGUUUCGAGCUGUCCAGAGGUGGAUGCAGAUGCAGAUGUUGAACUAAAGCGAUUUAACAAUCAGCCAGAUGUAGAACUAGAGGAGCAGAGACCCACAACACCCUCAACGCCUGAACAUGAGCAAGUUAACCACAACCAGACAGACUUCCACGAUGGAGCUGACAGCCUGGAUGAUGACUCUUGCUCUGACUACAUAAACAACACUUCGGAGGAUGAGGAAGACUAUGAUGACGGACUGGCAGAAGAGGAUGAAGGUGUUACUUAUUACAUCCGGUAUUGCCCUGAAGAUGAGAGCUACAUGGAAGGUAUGGACUGCAGCAGCCAGGGAGACUGCAAACACAGUCACGAGCGUGCCUGUAUUAUGCAGCCAGGUGAAGGCCACCCCGAGUGCCAGGAGGCAGUUGAAGGGUGGACUGAAGAGAGGGACGCAGAGGUAGAUGAAAGAGAGGAGGAAUGGGUGGAAGAUGAAGAGGAAGGAAGUGUAGCUAAGGAAGAGUGGAAAGAGGAGGAGGAGGGCAUGAGUGAGGCAUGGAGGGAAGGAGAUGAAGAGGGUGCCGAGGAGUGGAGGGAGGAGGGCCCAGGCCAACAAGAGCAGUGGACUGGUAGUGAAAGGCACAGAGUAGAGGAAUGGACUGAGGACGGGGGUGAGGUACGCUGUGAAGUGGUGGAGCAAGAUCCAGAUGAACAGAUAUACAAUGGACGACCAGAACCAAUCUUGGACCAUAACCAUCACAAUCACCACCACCAACAACCUGCCACGCAGGAAGCCCUGCACAUUUGCCGGCCUGAUGUGGAGGAUGAGGACGAUGAUGCAGAAAGUGAAGAGUACUGCCCAAAUGAGGAAGGAGAUGAGGAAGGAGAUGAACAUGAAAGACAUGAAAGGGCCUACAGUGGAGGCUACUAUCCCCCAGAGGACAAUGGCAACUCUGUGCACGUCUCUCCCUUCCGUGGCCGUAAGAUGCUAGUGGUCGAGGGGGAAACUGGUGAGGAAGCGGAGGAGGACAUUGACCAAAUAGUUGCGGAGAUCAAGAUGAGUAUGAGCAUGGGGAGCCUAAGUAGUAGUACUGACCAAAGUCCAGAAGAACUGGCGCAGGACCCGCCCACAGGUGACUACCUACGAGCCAAGCCCAACACAGCCAUCUAUCCGCAAGCUCACCACCGCCAUGACAGCAGACCCAAGUCCCUCAACCUGCCUUCUGUGCAUCAUAACAACCCAGACCUCCAGAGGGGCCUCAAGAUCCAACCGCAUUCUCCAGAAGAUCGACAAAGAUGGCAACAAGAACAGGUAAACAAUGGCGCAGAGCAGCCCAGAAAACAGCAGCGCUCUGACCUAAACGUUCCCCUGGAGAACAACAACGUACCAGACACUACCAAAAAAGUUGCAUCGUUCCCCAGCUUUGUUGAUGUCCCAGGACCCUGCGAGCCAGAAGAUCUGAUUGAUGGAAUCAUCUUUGCUGCUAACUACCUGGGUUCCACUCAACUGCUUUCAGAGAGGAACCCUUCCAAGAACAUACGCAUGAUGCAAGCCCAGGAGGCAGUCAGCAGGGUUAAGAGGGUACAGAAGGCUGCCAAAAUCAAGAAAAAAGCGAGCCAAGACGGAGAUGCUCAAACCCUCACCGAAGUUGAUUUAUUCAUCUCCACUCAGAGGAUCAAAGUCCUCAAUGCAGACUCACAGGAAACGAUGAUGGACAAUGCAUUGAGGACCAUAUCCUAUAUUGCUGAUAUUGGAAACAUUGUGGUACUAAUGGCAAGACGUCGAAUGUCACGCACAGCUUCCCAAGACUGCAUCGAAACUACACCUGGAGCACCUGAAGCCAAGAAGCAGUACAAGAUGAUAUGCCAUGUCUUUGAGUCUGAAGAUGCCCAGCUCAUCGCUCAGUCUAUCGGUCAGGCUUUCAGUGUAGCUUAUCAGGAAUUCUUGAGAGCUAAUGGAAUUAACCCAGAGGACCUUAGCCAAAAGGAGUACAGUGACAUCAUCAACACACAGGAGAUGUACAAUGAUGACCUCAUCCAUUUCUCCAACUCUGAAAACUGCAAAGAGCUGCAACUGGAGAAGAGCAAAGGCGAGAUCCUGGGCGUGGUGAUCGUGGAGUCUGGGUGGGGCUCCAUCCUGCCCACAGUCAUCUUAGCCAACAUGAUGAAUGGCGCUCCGGCGGCACGCUCUGGCAAGCUCAGCAUCGGAGACCAGAUCAUGUCCAUCAAUAACACGAGUCUUGUUGGGCUGCCACUCGCAACUUGUCAGGGAAUCAUUAAGGGCUUAAAGAAUCAGGUUCAGGUGAAAAUGAACAUAGUCAGCUGCCCUCCUGUUACCACUGUCCUCAUCAAGAGACCCGACCUCAAAUACCAGCUGGGAUUCAGUGUGCAAAAUGGCAUUAUUUGCAGUCUAAUGCGGGGAGGGAUUGCAGAACGAGGGGGUGUCCGAGUGGGCCACCGGAUCAUCGAGAUAAAUGGGCAGAGUGUCGUAGCCACAGCACAUGAGAAGAUCGUCCAGGCUCUGUCAAACUCUGUUGGCGAGAUUCACAUGAAGACGAUGCCUGCAGCUAUGUUCCGACUCCUGACAGGCCAGGAGACACCAAUGUACAUAUAAAGUGAUGACGUGAACUUUCAGCUGCUUGCCUAUAAAUGGAAAAAAAAAAAAAAAAAAAAAAAACUAGUAUUCUUGAAACCAAUAGGUCAAUUCAAUCCUCCAUCCUGUCUUAUAUGACAAUUACCACAACCACUUUGUUGAUUUGGUUCUCAUCUGAAGAGCAGAACAAACUGUUAAUGUUUUUUUGUUUAUUUGGGGUUAUUUCUGUGCUUGUCUCCCUCCAAUGACUUGGAUGGACUCAUGGAGUGAAUGCUUCAUGUUUGGUGUCAUAUUCCUGACAAAAUGCAAUAUAUUUGACUAUACGUCUUGUAUAGAUUUAUUUUCAGCUGAAUAUUUAUUUCUCACUUUGUGACAUACAGCAGGUGAUACAAGAAUCUUUGGUGUAAAUAUUGAAAUGUGCUGGUAAGUGAAAUGCAGACAAUUAAGGUGAGAAAAUCAGUUGCAGCAUAUGUGAUUAUUACCAGUUAAAGCAAAGAUGUUUGUUAAGAAAAAGGGAUGCUAAGUUAUUAUUGCACUGUAUGUGAAUGAAACUGGCGUGUGCUUUCAGGGUUUAGGGGAUAAAUGCCAAAUGCAGUCAUAUGUUUGGAGACUUUUCACCAUUCAGUUGAAUGAGAGUCUCAAAACUUUUGACCAAGGGUGUACAGCAAAUGGGUUUACCUUUAUGGCAAUACACACUUAAGGCUGAAUACUUUUCUAUAUAUCAUGUAAAAACAAGAAUCCAAUUAAAUAACAAUACUAGCAACAUGCAUCAAUUAUGCUUUUGAUAUAUUGUCUGCUUCCUGUCGUGUAUGUUGAUCUUUGGUGUUCCUGACAGAAACUCAUGCAAACAAUGAGUGGACUGUGAAUGUAAUGUGUCAUGUGAGCUGUCCCAUUGCCCUACCAAGUAUUAGAAUGUCUGUACAUAAAAAGAAAUGUGUCUACUAUUGUGCUCAUCAAAACAGAGAACAGUGUAACACCACAGUUUAGUCACUGCAAAUAUCGUUCCCACUUGAAUGUUGGCUCUGAAUCCUGGGAAGGAAAGACCAAACUGUGAAUCAUACUGUGACAGUAAAAGCCUUGCAACAGAGUAAACCUUUUAACAAUGCACUGUCGGAUUUCCAUUUAUCCCCAUGAACAUUAUCGGUGUGCAUGCCUCGUAAUGUAGUAUCAUGUCAUUGUGGCAAGAUAAUAAAAUCCGAGCUAAACGUGACUGGUUGUGUGGGAUUGGGUUACAAAAUAAAGUGUGGUACAUUUGGUUCAUUAAAAUCUGUGUGGAGUUUGCAUGUGUUUUCUCUGCCUGUCAGUUCUAUGACUUCCUCCCACGUCGACUCUAAAUUGAGUGUGACGAGUUCUUGGUCCCAUUCUCUGCUCUGGGUGUAGUUUGUAAUUUAUUCAUAUUUCCUCCCCCUUUCCAAUAUACAAGACCAACCUUUAGGCUCAUUAAAUAUUUUAAAUUGCCCAUGGCUUGAAUGUGAGUGUGAAUGGUUAUUUUUCUGUAUGUGAUUUAUUUAUUGUGUAUGGAAUGCACUGAUCCACAAUUUUUCACAACAGAUCUGAUUUGGAUUCCUGAAUCGCGGGAUAUCUGCCGAUACCGAUACCAGAGCUGUUUCAUAGGAUUAUUAUUCUAAUUAUUUUUGUGGAUUUUAUAUGACCCUUUCACUGUUUCAUGCUUGAAUUAUGAUUUUUUUUCUCUACUGCAUAGUGGUCACUACAGUAGACAGCUGCUGAAAUGUACCUUUCUCUUUGAUGCAUCAGUUUAACUGCCUAGCAAUCUCAAGAGUGCGCUCUGCUGCUACACUCAAUUGAGGUCAAUUGGUGUAACUGCAAGUUUAUAUCCUCUGAAUCCAAUAUAUACACUGCUUCCUAUGUCGACUACAACUGGCAUAUCCUGUCUAUACAGUACUUCUAUCCCCGAAGGGCCACAGUGGUUAAAAACAAA